AGGGUAGUUGUUUCUGAUUUUUACAUAGGAGCUUUUCAUUACAUAGACGAGAACAAGACCAAACCCCUACAUCUUCCUGUCACGAACUGCAUGAAAUCUUCCUAUCUUCUAGACUUUUUGUCUGUCUACUUCUACUUGUGAACAACAUCUUUAUCAAGAUCAGCAACGUCGACAUCUUCAAUACCAGUAAAGACUCAAAGUAGAGGACUAACACACAAUCACAAACGAACAGAAUGCCAUCAUCCGCCUUCAUUUCGAGUGCACCCAGUAGCACUACCUUUCCUGGGCCCCUUACUACUUCUAGGGCUACCGUAAGCACAGACCCACUUCAUCCUGACGCUACAUUCGCGGAUCCUGGUGAGCUGCGCGCUUCGGUCAUCAAUUCUCUUGAACGGCAGGCUGAUGCCGCACGCUACGAGGCGCAGUUAUGACUACAAGUGAAAUCCGUGAAGAUAAAAUAAUGUUCUUUCGACAGAAUAUCCAAGAUUUGACGUAGUGAAAUCCGUGAAGAUAAAAUAAUGUUCUUUCGACUUGGGAUCCAUGAUUUGAGGUGGUGAUGGAGCUUACAUUAGAUCCACAGGCACAGAGCUGCUUGUUUAAUACAGCUUCUUCCACCUUAGCCUCAUGCUCAUGACUACUCGGGAGGACGUGGUGAUGAUGAUGAUGAGCAUCAUGAUGGGGAUCAUCAUGAGGAUCAUCAUGAAGAUUAUCAUGGGGAUCAUCAUCAUGGGGAUCAUCAUGAGGAUCAUCAUGAAGAUCAUCACCAUGAGGAUCAUCAUGAAGAUCAUCGUGAGGAUCAUCAUCACCAUCAUCAUGACGAUCAUCAUUUCACUUCGACGAAGGUUCUCAUUCUAAUUCCCGCCCAAGACGAUGCUGGGGCAACGGCAGUUUCCUCCGCUUCGAGUGCCGUCUCCUUUGCGUUACCUGGUUCGAUUACGCCAGGUGCUCAAACUCCUGGCUUGAUUAGCAUGUUAACUCCUGGAAUGACCGGAGAUAGCUGCAUCACCUUAUGAGGAUUGUUGUUUGAUUUCCUCGCUGAAGAAGGAAGGUUGCUCAAGUUUUUUCUCCCUAUGUUCGAAUCCUCGUUUUCAGUCUUUCUUAGAGGCUGAGCUUGAUUAGCAUGUUAUUGUUAACUCCUGCUGGAAUGACUUUAUGAUUCAGUCUUUCUCAGUCUUUCUUAGAGGCAAGAAGUCCUUUCAGAAAUGGAAAUCAACUCACAUGAUUAUGCACAAAACCUCUAAUCCAACCUGCACAGGAUGACGGGAUGACGCCUGGCAUUGGUGGAAUGACUCCUGCUUUUGAUGAUAAUGGUAUGCAGACCCCUGGCUUCGAACCUGUACAUGCAUCAGAAAAUCCCUUAGCAGCGUGGCCCAAGAACAACAGUAAUGGAAGGUCGAGGUCCACGCAAAUGCUAAAUAGUAAUAGGAUGGGUUUGGGACGAUUGGGUAACGCCUCUACGUUCUAUAGUAGUUCUCGUUACAACGACGAUAUAACCUAUCCGAACGCCGGUUUCAGACAUGCGGAUUGCAUCUCUACGAUAGAUAGCAGAACCGGAGUGCGGUAUUACAAGUUGGUAGAACCCCAGAAAGAAUUGUGUGAUGCCGAUGCGGUGGUGAGCAAGAGUUGCUUCGCUUAUGAUAAUGUUGACGGUGUUCGGAUUGAUUGAAGAAGACAAAAAGAUUGCAAGACGCUCUUUUUCCAGAAAACAUUGUUGGAAUAAGAGAUGCCAGGUACUGCUAGUACUACUUCACCCUCUAAAAGUUAUGAAAACUCGAUCGUGCGAAGGAGUUCUCACAAUUAGGAAGUUCUGAAAUUUGUAAUUGUAAGAUCUAUGGGUAAGGAACCUUUUUGAAGUGCGUGUCUCUUGACUUACUUGCAUUUCAGAGGUGACUGGGUUGACAGCCAGGCCCUCCCCUGUCAGGCCUUUCUUUUUAGCUCUAGCGAAUUUGUUCGCAGUUAGCUAUGAUUAGGGCUUAAGCCUCGUCUCGUGAGAUCCACUCCCUUGGCGUUAAAUGGAAAUAUAAUGAUGAAUUAUAAUCCUUUACGCGGGUGAAUUGGAACAGAAAGUUGAUCACAGAGACGAGGCCACACGAGGUCAAUGAUCUUGGUAUAUCGUUAUGGGUUUUAGAGGUCUAUACCUUUUGCUUUUCUCCUACCCAAUCACAUCCCUCGAUAUGUUGGUCUAAGAUCUUGUCUUUGGAUCCCAAUACAAGACCCUUUUAGAAGAAAGAAACUCUGGACAACAAUGCAUUGAAGCAAGGUUGUCUGCUUAAAAGAAAAAGAAACGUUUAUGAUCGGAGAUCGUCUUGGCUGGCCGGUUAGGCCGUGUUCGCAAUGAAGAGAAGACAAGUGAGAUCGAGGUUUAUUAUCUUGGCUGGUGUAGGUUUGGCGAUAAUGGAAACUCGAUCGCGCGAAGGAGUUCUCACAAUUAGGAAGUUCUGAAAUUUGUAAUUGUAAGAUCUAUGGGUAAGGAACCUUUUUGAAGUGCGUGUCUCUUGACUUACUUGCGUUUUUUUUUCCCCCCCUCCUCCCUAGUAGUCUCAUCAUGCCGGGACGCUGGGAGCGGUUAUCAACCUUUGGCGAAACGUUCGACGUACCUCAUCGCUUACCUUUACAGGAGCAGGUAAGAACGUGGCGCUCGUCCGCAGCCUCUCUCUCUUCUUCGCAGUCUAAUGUGGCAGCUCAAGUCCCUUCCAUGGCGCCAACGGUUUCGCAAGAGGUAGACUUAAGCCUUUUCUCUACCGGACCACAGGCCGACGGAAUGGACUCGCAGCACUUGUUUCAACCGCUCCAAGGAGAAGACACUGAGACUGCAGACUCUUAUGUCACCGGAGUGGAGAAUAGCCCAAUUAUAGAUGCCACCUAUAAUGCAGUGGAAGACUCUCUCAAUCAACAAGAAACUCCCUUACAGGCUCUAUUGCAAGAAGAUGGCUUGCAGGAGCACCCGGUGACAUCUCAGCCUCAAAAUUUCGGAGAGGCGCUAGUAGCGACCAGCAGCUCAUCGGUGGGAACUUCCACAGGAAGUGCGCGGACAUAUACAAGACCCGGCAGAAACCUGCAGCAGGCUCCAGGAGCAGGGCUGCCAGAGGCGGCAAGACGAACGGGCCUUGGCCAACUCGUGUCAUGGACUCAGGCACUUGCACUGAUAGUGCAAGAAUGUGAACAAAAGCCGCAUUUACUACCGGCCGUCGAGGACCACCCGGUGAAGCCUCCUGCACAAUCGGCAGCGGGAAUCGAUUCAAUGGUGGACAGACUUCUAGAACAUGUGGCCGAUUUUGACAUCAAGGUCAGACUUGCCGGCUCGACUCUUCGAUCAUACAAAUUUGCCUACAAGAAAUAUGUGGAGCUGGCUUGGGCGUUAGAUAGAGACGCUCAUCCUCGUUUCUUGACUCCGAGAAUGGUCCAACUUCUUGCGCAAGUAUUCAUCAAGGCGGCCAGUUUUCAGAAAUCUAAAGCGCAGUACUUGGAGAAUGUGAAAUGUUUUGGGGAUCUAGUGGCGCCACUGUCGGCUUCAGUUAGAAGAACCUUUGCGCAGGCACUUAAGAUCUUCUGGAAGACGAAGCCGCCGACGGACCAGCGAAGAGGGGUGCGCCUUAGCCACCUGUUGAUCCUCAUGUUGCACUUGUUGGAAGACCCGAUGAAGAGAGUGGUUGCCCACGGGAAAAGCUAUUCACUGGAGCGCUUUAUGCAGUUUUGCGUUUUUUGCUGGUUCUUCAUGAUGAGGCUUGAUGAGACUUCUACCUCAACUAGACAGCGCUACAACAACUGGAUUAGGCUGACAGUAAAAUCAGCGAAGAGCAACAACUUUGGCAACACACCACAGACGGUGGAUCUACAGUGUUGCUGCAGCACUGCCCCCACGCUGUUGAGAAGCAGAGUUAAAAUCUGCCCUAGAUGCUGCUGCAGUGAUGAAACCUUCGUCCUCUUUGCGAAUACAAGCCCAGUUGUGUUAGCGGUCCUUCUGGAAGAAAUGCUUGCUUUCGGACACAUUAUCCAGAAAGGUCACCAGUUUCAGGGACCAGAUGGGGUAGGAUCGUCAUCUUCAUCCACUACCAACAGUUCAACUUCGACUAAGCGUGAGUUUAUGUUGCAUUCGCUGAGGAUUGGAGGGGCAAAGUCCGCUGCGGACGGAGGACUCUCCGACGAGGAUAUCCGCGUUGUCGGUCGGUGGGGCUCUCUACAAAGUGUGACAAGGUACGUUGGUGACGCCCGCGCAAUGCCCGACACAGCUGCUAUCGUGUGGCCACUUAGAAGACCAACACUUUUUGGACCAGGGUCAAGCUAUGCAGUGGGACAGAUGACGCCUCUGCAACAAACACAUCAUCCCCAUCCAACCCCUUACUAACCCGUAUAGACAGACUUUCGGUUGCUGUAUUAAUUCGACGUUUCUUCCUUUCGUGUCUAAAUUAAACAGGACUCAUCUCUCUUUCUUUUAUCUCUCUUUCGCAUUUUCUUUUUAUCUCUCUUUCUUUCUUUCGAUCAACAAAAUGGCUGCCCAACUGGACGCGGCACAGCAGGUCGCAGCUCUGCAAGCAAUGCAAGAUGUGAACUUGAAUUUUCAGCGCAACGCAGCUGUGCAUGAAAGCGAAGGUCUUGGGGUGGCGACCGAAGCGCAGAUCACCCAUGUGGCUGACCGUUGCGCAAACUUGAGGACGAAGUGCACACCACAACAAUACCUUUUCAUCCUACGACAGCUGAACGCUAGGACAUAUGACCGGGUGACCAAGCCACCCGCAAACUUGAACUUGCACCCGAUGGCCUUAGUGGCGACUUUCCGUUGUGCCGACACCUUGAACGAUGCACAAGCGAACUCGCUCAUGGAUGCGGUUUCUAAAGCGGUCACAGGGUCCUUUGACCCAAAAUCCGAGGAGAAACGCCUCAGCAUGGAGGCGGUUUACGACAUCUUCAUGACUUCUUUAAAAACAAAUUUGCAGAAUCUGCCGCCAGUGGCAGCAGACCCACCAGAGACCUUCCACCAACGACAGCUGAGCAACUCUUUAAUAUCUAACUUCUUACCAGAUUUUGUGGCGCAAUUGUCGAUUGAAAAACGGAGACUCGAGAUGGAGGAGUCAGCCGCUAAAGCGGUAACAAUGGCUGUCGAGAAGCACUUUAAUGAAAAAUUUGGGGGAAAAAUCAAACAGAUGGAGCAAGAGAUCAGGAACUUGAGAGCUCAGAGGGCCAGGUCUCCCCGGCGAUCUCCAAGCAGAAAAGGAGAUAACAAGAAGGGCGGAAAAGGAGCAUGGAAGCCGCCGAGCGAUCUCGUCUGCUUGAGUUGGAUCGAAGGGAAGUGUACGGGAUCCACCUGUCCAAACGGGAAUUCCCACAGAGGAGAAUUGAAGAAGCUGGAAUUCCUCAAUAAAAGUUAUUUAGGGGGAAAAGUCACACAAGAACAGCUCAAACGCAUAGCAUCAUAGGCGCUCUCUCCCCCCCUUUCGGUAAGAGGUUUACCCCCAUUAAGGCUUACUAGUGUUUGCUUCCUUCUAAUUGUCCCACGCCCUAUAAAGUCCUGUUUAACUAUUUCACCCCAUCCAUAUAAUUGCUUUCGCGUGUAAAUAAUAGAUUGAUUGGCGUGUCCUUAACCUUGCAUCUCGUGACAUACCUUCCUACAAAGUCUACACUCAUACAUUAUGUGCACUUGGAGACGUGUCACUCGACUUACGUCUCCCCACCUCCCCUUUUCCUUAUUGAGCGUCGUCUCCCCUCUACCCCGGAGACUAACGACACUCCCACAUGCAAUUUUUGCCCAAGUUUUUGAAAAAAUGUGCCCCAAAAUCAACAUUGGUGCUACAAGCGCCAUCGCUGCCAAAUUGCAGAAAAGGUUUGGUGUCCGAAACGAAGACUCACACAAACGAGCUUUUGCUCGCUGGCUGGAUCAAAUCGCCAAGUAAAAGAUCAAAACAGACGUGGCAGUCUGGCACAUAAGACCACCUGUCUGGGACCUUAAAAUCUCAUCACUAAAAGCCUACUGGGUGGCAUGAGCCAGCUUUUCUUGACAAAAGCCGGUCCUUAAAAUCCAUCCCUCGCUCUUUUCCCGAACAGGAUAAAGAGACGCAUUUUCUCCUUUGGAGGAUAACACUUUUUCUCAAGCUUCUUUGUGCUGUAGGUCGACGACCAAGAUGUCGCUAAAGAGUAACUCUCCUUCCAACUCCUCGUAUAUUUAUUUGAAAAUUUCCGACUUGCGCUUCUCCCAAAACAAUAUCAAGUCGACUUUUGGUGCGGGCCCAAAUAAAGGAAAGAGCAUUUUCACAGCCUUCAACGAAAUCACAAGAAGGGGCCAACUAGAAGACCAUAAUAUUACUGUCGAAGCAUAUCUCUAUAAAGGUGUUUACCACGUAGUUAACAAUAGAACCAUUGCUGCUUUACGUUCGUUACAAUCACGAAGAGGUUGGCCCAGCCUCUUCGUCAAAACCAAGAUAGUCGACGUAACCACCCAGAUUUGGAGACAUACGACAACGAACGGCGGCAAGUCCAUCGCAGUAAGAAAGUGAGGCGACAAAAGCUCAAUAGAUAUCUCUUUCGGGUCUUUCCUUCUUAAAAGAACAUAAAUAAAAAUGGUGUAUGGCGAAGUCGAGUCGAGAUUCGAGCGCCGUGCUCGCCGACACGACGAUCGGCUGAUGGACCAUGACAUCCAUGUAGCCGAGGAGGCCGUAGAGGCACAACGCCGCAAAGAAGCGCCAAUCUGGAGUGAAAUCUUCUGGGCCAAGGACAGCGGCACCUUGACGUGGGCGGGCGAUUCGUCCGACGAGGAAUCCUGGGACAAUGCGCCCAGACAUCCAGAAGAGGUCUUCGCAGACUGCCCCACGGCAAAGUACUUGAUGAUGGGAGAUCACAUCUCCCCAAUCGAGAAGCCGCUCACCCUUUUGCAGUCCGACCCGGAGCUGUCUGAUGCGUCUGACAGUGAGAACAACCAGGCGCGUCAGACAAAUCAGCUACUGGGAGACCUGCCACUCCCCAGUACAGACUACUCCGUCUUCUCGUCUACAAACAAUAACCUCGCGGGCAGUAGUCAAAGAAGAUCCAAGGCAUCAAACAGCAGUUCCCUGCCCAGCACGGGCUACAGUGUCUUCAACGCUUCGUCGGCCACCUCCUCAAGACCGGCUCACCCUCGACAACAAAGCGGGAACGAGGGGCUGAGCCCUCCAGUUCCACAAUCCUCAAGAAAAAGACAGGCUGUGGACGAUGAUGAACAGAGACUGUUCAAAAAGCGGUCAGUCCCACGUGGUCAGAGCAGUGACCUCGAAUUUCAACAGGAGACGACUCUCCCUAGUUUGCUUACAUCAAGCGGCUCGCCGUGGGAACAACUAGAACGACAUAGAAGAAACAAGCAGCCGGCUCCUAAAGUCGCCGGCAUGAAAGCGAAGGCACUGCUAUCGCGUUUGAAUCACAGGGAACCGCAACAAACUGGCAGGAGCAUGGGGAUCCUAGCAAGCAAAGACGGAGAAGUAGACUACGAUCACAUGCUUCUGGUUGAGGAGAUGAGGCAGUAUGGUGUCUUCUCACUCUUGCCAGAAUACUUCGUGAAUACAAUAAAUUACAUCAAAAGGACCGAAGCAGAGGACAUCGCGGAAGAAUCCAAGCUGAUCGCGAAUUUUCUUCUACAAGUGGCGAGGGACUCUCAAGAAGAAAAUAAGAAGUUCCUCGCGACUUUACCACCGCACUGCAAAGAAGUGUACAAGAAAAAGAGCAUCAUCUUCAUGGACGUUCUGCUCAAGAAAGCAGUGGAGCGGGCCAGCAAGUCUGACCCGAUGACUCGGGCAAACAAAGACAACAUCCUAUCGUGGACAAAACGUUUCUCCUUCGGUGUCCCCAUCGGAGGCGACCUAUCGCCCUGUGGUUUCUGGAAGUUGCUCGAUGCAGAGAUUCCCCGGGCCAAAAAGGACGCGCUUCAAGCCCUCGAAAGCAGGGAGAAGGAUGUCCCAAAAGGGGACCAUUGGGCAUCAGAGGAACAAGUAAAGGAGCUAUGGCGCCAGCGCACGAAGAUGCACGAAAAGGGGCUUUGGCAUCCAAUGCAAAUCUCCGAAUUGACUUCGCUGGGCGCUGCAAAGAGUUUUCCAGUGGAACAAGCGACGAAGACGCGCUGUUGCAUCGAUUUUCGUUCGGCGAACAGGCGCCUCAUCGUGAAAGAGAAGAUGAGAAUCCUAGGCGCCAAAGCGUCCAUGGAGAUGUCUUGUGCUUUCGCUAGCGACAGGCUACAUUGGCGCAGCCGUCCGCUCCUCUUGCAAACAAAGGAGGACGCCAAGGCAGAUGUUCAGACUGAAAAACAGAUUCGGGACACAAUCAUCGCCGACUCGGCAACCUUGGGGGACGAAUUUUGCCAACAAAAUCGCCAAAAAGCAUCUGACCAUCCAGGGGCUUUUGCCUCUGAUUUCGCUUUCAUCCCCUGGUCAGCUAAACGAGACCAAAGUGGCUACUAUUACCAACACGCCGCACAAGUACCAGAAGAAAACGCUAUCUUCAUCGCGGUCCCGGAGAAUGUUCCGAGCAAGGAUCUCGCGCCAGGAACCUUCUCAUCCUGCAGGGACCCGUCGAAACGAAGGUGGCAGCUAGACAAAAGCUGGGUGGCGCUUUUCGGAAGUCUGGCCAGCGUGCAUGAAUGUGUGAUGUCGAGUGAAGUCAUCCAACUCAUCACCCACGCAAUCCUGUUCAUCGCAGCAUGCGUCUACAUCGACGACACCCACGUCCAGUCUAAGCCCAAGGCAUUGCCACCGCAAAUGGCCCUCCUGGAUCUCUUCUUUAGCCUCGCAGGGUGGGAACAGGCCGACGAGAAGAAAGAUCAGCAUCAUCGUUUUCAAAAGACCAUUGUCCUACUUGGCCUGGCGUACGACAUAUCUCAGGAGCAAAAGCUCCUUGUUAUCCCAGACAAGGAUAAGAUCCUAAAGUGCAAAAAGGACGGCUAUCGCCUAAUUGAGCAGUUUGUGGAGCUGCGAGUUGAACUGGCGCUCUUGUUGACUUUUCGAGGCUUAUAUCGCCAUGUCACUCAGCUGGACCGGGUCAAACUCUUCUAUGCCCGUUCUAUUGACUCCUUCGCGAGCGAUUUCGACAAUCAGAAGACGAGCCGCCCCGGCAGAAGAAGAGCUUUCAGCGGGGUCCAGAUCAUGGUCUGGGCCCUGGACCACAUUCGUCCCUUUCAAAUCACAACUGGCAGAAUGGACCGCGACAUAGUGCACGGCUACACGGACGCGGCUGGCGAGAACUUCCCGUUGUUAAACGAGAAGUUGCAAAGGGGAGAAUUGGAAAAUCUAGAGGAGCAUAGGCUCAAAAUAGGAGGAUACUUGGCUUGUCCAACGGGGCACUUUCGCUCUUCAAUAGCAAUUUCCAAGUUACCGGCUUUCUUCAAGAAUGAAAAGAUCCACAUAGGCAUCCUCGAAGCGUUAGCAGCAAACGUGGCCCAAAAGCUGUGGCUUCAUUUGAUACAGGACAAGCAACUCAUUUUACACCUGGAUAAUUUGGGGGACGUCUAUGGAGUCGCAGCCAAUAGCUGCAAAUGCAGCAGAACGCAAGCGAUUAGCCACUCUUUCCACCGCUUCUCGCAGCAGAAUAAUUUAGACUGCUACGUGACUUGGAUUUGUACUAGGAGAAACAUAUCUGAUCCCCUCACGAGAGAAGAAAGAGAAGCUAUUCUUAAAGAAUUUUUCGCCAAAGCAAUGGUAAUCCAAGUAGACGAAUCCUAUCUGACUCAGAACCCUAAACUGUGGGGCUUUAUCGCUUCCGCAAACAUCCCCAUGCAAAUACACAUCCUCUUCUCUUUUUUUAGACUCAUUCUCUUCAGUUUCCACAAGGGUUUAAGCCCUCUCAUUCAUGCAGAUACCCUAGUAGGCCCUAAGGGACCUACGAAAAUGUCCUUAAAACAAUCCACUGGUAGGCUCACGACACUUUCUCCUUUUUCCCAUUAUACAUGUCCGUGGUACUACUACCUUUUUGGCCGGGCAUCGCCAAUGCUCGGUCAAUGAUCUUGAUAUAUCGUUAUGGGUUUUAGAGGUCUAUACCUUUUGCUUUUCUCCUACCCAAUCACAUCCCUCGAUAUGUUGGUCUAAGAUCUUGUCUUUGGAUCCCAAUACAAGAUCCUUUUAGAAGAAAGAAACUCUGGACAACAAUGCAUUGAAACAAGGUUGUCUGCUUAAAAGAAAAAGCAACGUUUAUGAUCGGAGAUCGUCUUGGCUGGCCGGUUAGGCCGUGUUCGCAAUGAAGAGAAGACAAGUGAGAUCGAGGUUUAUUAUCUUGGCUGGUGUAGGUUUGGCGAUAAUUGUGACUACUUAUCAUGGUUCUUGUUGAGCCAACUAGUAAGGCCCCACUCUCUCUUUCGCCCAUGCCCAUUCCCCUUCAUAGAAAAACAACUUCUGCCACUGCCUCGUCCAGUUCCAUGACAACGUCCAGUUCCCCAAUAAAAAGUCAUGUCGAGUGGACAUCAAGGGUCGAGUUACCACCUGUAGUUUUCCCGUAUAACUCAGCAUUAGAAGCGAUCAAACUACUGCUAGGAGGGGGAGGAGGCUCUUCUUGUGGAGGCUCUUCUUCUGGUACCGCUGCCUCCAGUAGUACAACUACAGGUUCUACUUUUUCCAAUAGUAAAACUACAACUACGACGAGUAGUACGACUACAACUUCUACCGCGAGCUCGACGAAGAGCAACAAGGUACUUGAUCAUGGCUGUAAUACCGAUAACAAGGGCCGCACAUCAGCGACAGGAACUGACCAAGACCCAGCACCAGCGGACAUGAUCAGGCUCUUUCUACCUACAUUAAGACUCACCAUGAUUCAUUUUUAGCAGCAUCUUUGGCCCCUUUUCUACGGGUUGUAAACACGAGGACGAUGGUGCGCUUAAAGAUGAAUAUAUGUCGUGAGGUCUAACUACACCAGCGCAUUCUUUUGCCUAUCGGAUGGUUUGCCUUGCCAAAUUUGGAAGAAUGUUAACACAUCGAUUGGAGCGUGUUGGUGCUUUGGUUGUUAAGGCCUCAACAUAAUGUGUUUUUAGAAGUAGUGGUAGUUUCUAAAAGAUCAAGAUUUUGCCCAUAAUUUUGACUCUACCACUCACUAGUACAAGUCAAAAGUGGAUUCAGAGAUGCAUUGUAGAAACGAAGACCCGGUGCAUUCAGUUCUCGUUUUAUUUAGCAGUAUAUCCUGGAUGACCAACUACAUCCAGUUCAUCUCGUUCUUUGAUUUAUAUGUAACAGUAAGUUCGAGUUUGUUUUUACUUUGGAUCCACCAUUCGACAAGCUGGAACCGCAUUCGACAAGAAUCUCACUUUUUCUAAUUCCAGCGAUCACCCAACAUCCACAGCCCAGCAAAGUCCGGCUCUCUCAAGUAACGACUUAGGUGGAGCAAAGCGCAGUCAGUUCGAGGAGACUCCAGGUAGUGCUUGUUCGUUAGGGCUACUACACGAAAUCCAUCUUCACAGGCAUUGUGAGACCGUUCCCAAGGGGAAAAAGGUUCUAGGGUGCGUCUCAAGAUGGAUUUCGCUGAGGUCUAAGCUCGGCUUCGUGUGGCUUCUUAACUCCUGCAAUGGAUGGAGAUGCGAUGGAUCACAGCAGCACGCCAGCUCCGCCUGCGACUACGCCGUUUGAUUGCACAGCCUACGUUGUGAAGCAAUGGCCAACGAUAGGUCGGAAGUCUUGGUGCCCCAACAUGUGUGACCCGAGUGGCGCACCCAUUCGGUCUGAGGCAGACUGGCUGUUAAUACGCAACACGUUGCAAAAUUAAGUGUGCUGGGUCUUAGGUUCGUUUUCCUGCUGCCGUUAGUUUGCCUCUCUUUGGAUUCUUCUGGUAUUCGGUAGCCUCCUUUUGAAUGAUCAUAGGGGAAACAAGAAGAGAAUUAUCCUUGUGCUCAGAUUCAGGCCACCAAAUGCCGGAGCAGUUCCCUCUUAUUCUUCAGGAUGAACUGAAGCUGAGCAACAUAACUAACGGGGAAGGCUAACAAACACCUCCGAACAAGCCCUCCCUCUAACACAACUUCAGUAAUGAGAACGAUUUGUAUCGAGCUGGUGCACACCCCGUGCAACAAAUGAAGCAACAUACUAAUGUUCGAGGAUCAUGGAUAACAACCUCACGAAAUCGUGAUGACAGGUCCUUCGACACGCAGAACCACAUGACCUACCAGCAACAGCAAAGCCAAUUACCGCGGUCCUCCGGGAGACAAUUUUUAGCACAACAAGGAGGUCGUGCUGCUGCUGACAACCACAAUCUACUUUUAAGGCUGUACGUAAUACAUCUUUGGACGCAUCCUUGAGACGUAUGGAGGAGUAUCCACCUAAGGGAAUAAUGCUCUCCCAUAGUACUUUUCAAGGAUGCACUUGAAAAAUGAACUACGGACAGCUCUAAUACUUCAACACGGACAUCAUCGAAACCAAAUGCAGUGUGGGUGUGCGAUUCAACCUGUAGUGAGUGAUAAUCUGUGUAAGGGAGCGAUACGACGUCUAGCUAGACGUGGCGGCGUGAAACGACUGUCAUCACGCAUCUACGCAGAAGCUCGAUACUCGUUUCAGCUAUUUUUUUAUGGCAAAGGCAGCUCCAACAAGUCCAACAUUUUUAAAUACAUGAUCAUAGUAAUAGUGUACUAUAGAUGAGGCAAUAUUUAUAGUACAUAGUAAUAGUGUAUACGUAUUACAGAGGCUGCAGCUUCCAGCAGUCCAACAUAUAUUUCGCAGCAGUGCUGUACAAAAUUCCUUCACCACCUCUUAUUAUUGUAUGGUUCUGGUAUUUGGUAACCUGAAUUUGAUCCUAAGGGUUCUCUUCUUGUUUUCCCUUAGGAUCAAACUCAGGCUACCAAAUACCAGAACCAUCCAAUUAUCUUGAACUUGAACAUUACCCGACGAGCCCGACUUGAACACUUUUACCCAUUGUCCACUACAACCUUUUCCUUUAGCUCCGCUAACGAGGAGAGAAGUUAGUGGAGACGUCUUACAUCUACUGUGUGCAUCGGCAGAGACACACGGUUCGCGCAGCUGACGUCGUCCGUGCCUGCAAACACGUGGGCAGGAAUAUCUAUGGGAUUCGAACGUAACAUGUUCUUGGAGACUUCUUGAAGACGAGCAAUAUGAAUAUAUUCUAUAUUAAUGAUACUCUAAGUACGUACGAGCAAUAUGAAUAUAUUCUAUAAUCUACGUGUUCGAUUCCCACGUACUCAUUGUGAUAACAUGUCGAAAUGAGUUUGAGACCUCCGAUGAGAUCGCGGGGACAAAAAUCAGGUUGUAGCAGAGUUCUUGAAGACGAGCAAAAUAAUCUACGUGUUCGAUUCCCACGUACUAGAGAAAAUGAGGUCGUACUUUAUUUUACCUUGUCCUCAUUGUGAAGCUGGCGUUAGGGGUACGUAGACAUGAGUUUGAUGACUUAAUAUUCCCGACCUCUGAUGAGAUCACGAGGACAAAAAUCAGGUUGUAGCAGAGAUAGUUCUUAUGAUCACACACGAGGACCCAAAGAUGAAGGAUAAGCACCUUACACACAUAGAGAAUAAUCAAAAGUUUGACUCGAGUAUAUCAUUGAACUACCCAUUCCCAACGUUUUGACCCUGAACAAGCAUCAAGACAAUAACGAUUACAACCAAGAAGGCACGAAAAGUCUGGUUUGAUGUUGUUAU